AUGGUCAUUCAGCAGCAGAAAAUCAAGGCACCAGAAGCCCCUAGACGGCUGCAGUAUGCAAAUCAGGCCACGGUCUGCAGUGACCACUACUGGCCCCAGGCAGGGCCCUCCCAGGAGCAGAGGUGGCCCCUGCUGUGGGAGCAGGGCCAGCCAGGGCGGCACAGCUGUGAUGUGGCAGCAGCUGGCGACCACGGGGAAGUUUGCCAGGGCACCAGUAACAGGCUCACACAGUUGGGCACCUUUGAAGAUCACUUCCUGAGCCUCCAGAGGAUACUGAAUAACUGUGAAGUGGUCCUUGGAAAUUUGGAAAUCACCUACGUGCAAAGGAAUUACGACCUUUCCUUCUUAAAGACCAUUCAGGAGGUUGCUGGUUAUGUCCUCAUUGCCCUGAACACAGUGGAGAGGAUCCCCUUGGAAAACUUGCAGAUCAUCAGAGGAAAUGUGCUCUAUGAAAACUCCUAUGCCCUGGCAGUCUUGUCCAACUAUGGUGCAAAUAAAACUGGACUAAGGGAGCUGCCCAUGAGGAACUUACAGGAAAUCCUGCAUGGUGCUGUGCGAUUCAGCAACAACCCCUUCCUCUGCAACGUGGAGUCCAUCCAGUGGCGGGACAUCGUCAACGUCAACUUCCUGAGCAAUAUGUCACUGGACUUCCGGAGCCAUUCAAGCAGUUGCCAGAAGUGCAAUCCGGGCUGUCCUAAUGGAAGCUGCUGGGGUGCAGGCGAAGAAAACUGCCAGAAGCUGACCAAAGUCAUCUGUGCCCAGCAGUGUUCGGGGCGCUGCCGCGGCAAGUCCCCCAGUGACUGCUGUCACAACCAGUGUGCUGCCGGCUGCACCGGGCCCCGUGAGAGCGACUGCCUGGUCUGCCGCAAGUUCCGAGAUGAAGCCACGUGCAAGGACACGUGUCCCCCGCUCAUGCUAUACAACCCUACCACGUACCAGAUGGACGUCAACUCCGAGGGGAAGUACAGCUUUGGUGCCACCUGUGUGAAGAAAUGCCCCCGUAACUACGUGGUGACAGAUCACGGCUCGUGCGUCCGCGCCUGCGGACCUGACAGCUACGAGAUGGAGGAAGAUGGCGUCCGCAAGUGCAAAAAGUGCGAAGGGCCUUGUCGCAAAGUGUGUAACGGAAUAGGAAUUGGUGAAUUCAAAGAUACGCUUUCCAUAAAUGCUACAAAUAUCAAACACUUCAAAAACUGCACCUCCAUCAGCGGAGAUCUGCACAUCCUGCCGGUCGCAUUUAAGGGCGACUCCUUCACACGCACUCCUCCUCUGGAUCCGAAGGAACUGGACAUUCUAAAAACCGUAAAGGAAAUAACAGGGUUCUUGCUGAUCCAGGCAUGGCCUGGAAACAGGACUGACCUACAUGCUUUCGAGAACCUAGAAAUCAUUCGCGGCAGGACAAAGCAACAUGGUCAGUUUUCUCUCGCAGUUGUUGGCCUGAACAUAACGUCCUUGGGAUUACGGUCCCUCAAGGAGAUCAGUGAUGGAGAUGUGAUCAUUUCGGGAAACCCAAAUUUGUGCUAUGCAGACACAAUCAGCUGGAAAACACUGUUUGGGACCUCCAGUCAGAAAACCAAAAUUAUGAACAACAGAGAGGAAAACAGCUGCAAGACCACAGACCACAUCUGUAACGCGUUAUGCUCCUCAGAGGGCUGCUGGGGUCCGGAGGCCAGGGACUGUGUCUCCUGCCGAAACGUCAGCCGUGGCAAGGAGUGUGUGGAGAGGUGCAACGUGCUGGAGGGAGAGCCGCGGGAGUUCGUGGAGAAUUCCGAGUGUAUCCAGUGCCAUCCGGAAUGUCUGCCCCAGGACAUGAACAUAACCUGCACGGGACGGGGACCAGACAACUGCAUCAAGUGUGCCCACUUCAUUGAUGGCCCUCACUGUGUCAAGACCUGCCCAGCUGGAAUCAUGGGAGAAAAUAACACCCUGGUCUGGAAGUACGCCGAUGCCAACCGCGUAUGUCACCUGUGCCAUUCCAACUGCACCUAUGGAUGUGCUGGGCCAGGUCUUGAAGGCUGUUCAAUCAAUGGGCCCAAGAUCCCUUCCAUCGCCACCGGGAUUGUGGGCGGCCUCCUCUUGCUGCUGCUGGUGGCCCUCGGGAUCGGCCUUUUCCUGCGCAGGCGCCACAUCGUCCGGAAGCGCACCCUGCGCCGACUGCUGCAGGAAAGAGAGCUCGUUGAGCCUCUCACGCCCAGUGGAGAAGCUCCCAACCAGGCUCUCUUGAGGAUCUUAAAGGAAACGGAAUUCAAAAAGAUCAAAGUGCUGGGUUCUGGAGCGUUCGGUACUGUGUACAAGGGACUCUGGAUCCCAGAAGGUGAGAAAGUUAAAAUUCCUGUGGCCAUCAAGGAAUUGAGAGAAGCGACGUCUCCAAAAGCCAACAAGGAAAUCCUCGAUGAGGCCUAUGUGAUGGCCAGCGUGGACAAUCCCCAUGUGUGCCGGCUCCUGGGCAUCUGCCUGACCUCCACAGUCCAGCUCAUCACACAGCUCAUGCCCUUCGGCUGCCUCCUGGACUACGUCCGUGAGCACAAGGACAACAUAGGCUCCCAGUACCUCCUCAACUGGUGUGUGCAGAUUGCCAAGGGAAUGAACUACCUGGAAGACCGGCGCUUGGUGCACCGUGACCUGGCAGCCAGGAAUGUCCUGGUGAAGACCCCACAGCAUGUGAAGAUCACAGAUUUUGGGUUGGCCAAACUGCUUGGUGCUGAAGAGAAGGAAUAUCAUGCAGAAGGAGGCAAAGUGCCCAUCAAGUGGAUGGCCUUGGAAUCGAUUUUACACCGCAUCUAUACCCACCAAAGUGAUGUCUGGAGCUAUGGAGUCACUGUUUGGGAGUUGAUGACCUUUGGGUCCAAGCCUUAUGACGGGAUCCCUGCAAGUGAGAUCUCGUCGAUCCUGGAGAAAGGGGAGCGUCUGCCGCAGCCACCCAUAUGCACCAUCGACGUCUACAUGAUCAUGGUCAAGUGCUGGAUGAUAGAUGCAGACAGUCGCCCUAAGUUCCGAGAAUUGAUCAUCGAAUUCUCCAAAAUGGCCCGAGACCCCCAACGUUACCUUGUCAUUCAGGGGGAUGAAAGAAUGCACCUGCCGAGCCCUACAGACUCCAACUUCUACCGGGCCCUGAUGGACGAAGAGGACAUGGAAGACGUCGUAGACGCUGACGAGUACCUCAUCCCACAGCAGGGCUUCUUCAACAGCCCUUCCACCUCCCGCACUCCCCUCUUGAGUUCUCUGAGUGUGACCAGCAACAACUCCACCGUGGCUUGCAUCGACAGAAAUGGGCAGAGCUACCCUGUCAAAGAAGACAGCUUCAUCCAGCGCUACAGCUCAGACCCCACUGGUGCCUUGACUGAGGACAACAUAGAUGACAUCUUCCUUCCAGUGCCAGAAUACAUAAACCAGUCGGUUCCCAAAAGGCCUGCAGGCUCUGUGCAGAAUCCUGUCUAUCACAAUCAGCCUCUGAAUCCUGCUCCUGGGAGAGACCCACACUACCAAAACCCCCACAGCAAUGCAGUGGACAACCCUGAGUAUCUCAACACCGCCCAGCCUACCUGUGUCAACAGUGUAUUUGACAGCCCUGCCCACUGGGCCCAGAAAAGCAACCACCAGAUUAGCCUGGACAACCCUGACUACCAACAGGACUUCUUUCCCAAGGAAGCUAAGCCAAAUGGUAUCUUUAAGGGUCCUGCAGCUGAAAAUGCAGAAUACCUAAGGGUAGCACCACCGAGCAGUGAAUUCAUUGGAGCGUGACCAUGCAACAUCAGCUAUAAAAAUCCCAGACUCUUCAACCACCUGGGACCAAGCCAUGGCAGCUAUUCCAGUCCCAAUAGCCAUGCCCAGACUAGUUUUGCCAUGUUGGCUCUGAUUGGCGCCCCUGUCAACCAGAGAGCACCUCAUGCUCGGAUGCACCUUGGGAAGUUGCAGUUACAUUCCUUUGUCUUCAAACUGUAACGCUUAUGCAGAGGCAUCCAGUAAGAAUGUUGUCCACUUGAGCAGAAGUUUGCCUUUCAAUGGGAAGAAAACAGUCAAUUUAUAUAAGGAAAUUUAUUGCUUGGGGUUCUUAAUUAUCAUGCUUGAACUUGGUUUGAAUGGGCUCCUCCAAAGGGAAGAAGCUUGCUUGCAGCUCUUGAUACACAGAGUUGAUCCAGGCCCAUCUGCCACCUAGGAGCACAGGCCACAGUCUUUCAGCAAACGCCUGAUUCCAUGGGUUCUGCUUCAAGACUCUUCCAUUGCAAGACAGCUAAAUAUGCAAGAAGUUCUCUACGUCCUGAGCAUGCUGGUUGAUACUGUAUCAAUUCAUGGCAGGUACAUUAGGAUAAGCCACUUUGUCCCUUCCUGGGCGAAGAAGAAACAGAGGGGGUUUAUUUCUUCCUCAGACUUACUUUUGUAUAAAUGUCUCCAUGGUACUCACUUUCCACGGGUUGACCAGUGUUUUCUAGUUAUGACUCUUAGACUGACUUGUUUAUUUUCAAUUCCUUCCUUUUUUUUUUUUUCAAAGUCAAUAUGCGGUUGCUUGUCUUGCUGUCUUGAAGUCAGCAAGAGAAAAUGGUACGUCAAAUAAUCACUAAGAUUCUAGCCCAUAUUUGAUUCAUUGGUUGGCGUUCAGACCAACCACCUUUAAUGAAGAAGGAAAGACGAUGCAAACAUUCACACAAGAACACAGCAUCCAAAUUUGAAUCUCAGAUGAAAUGCAGCAGGCCCUUCAGGAGACUACAAAAAUGAAGCUGCUCUGAAAACUCAUUUAGCCUUCACCCCUUGCCUUGCCCCACCCCCCAAAAUUAGUUUAGGCUACUUAUGGAAGAUCAUUUUCCUUUCGUUUCAAUUUAAGUCUUUUACUCCAAAGGUAUGGUGUUUCUCCCCGGUAAGCUGCUCCCAAGCCCCUGCCCCUGCCCUUGUGAAGAAAGUACCUUGACCUUGAGGCAACUCUGAGAGAACCAACAGCCCUUCCACAAUGGGAACAUUUUACAUGCGCUUAUAAAGACGGUACUCUGUAGUAUGGAAUUCAAGUGCAAAACAUGAAAUUAGAGGUUGCAAUUGAUGAUAAUACUUUUUCAAUGUCCACAGAUAUUUUACAAGAAAAAGUUUCCCCCUAAAAUAAUUUUUCUGUAAUUGAAAGAUUCAGCUAAUUGGGAUUUAUCUUU